GGAUCUGCCUUAUUUAUAGCAUGCUGACAAGUGCCCACACGGUGGGGGCAUCCAGCAGAGCAGGCUGCCUCUGUGGCUGCGUCUCUGCUGGCCGGGCAGCAGGGUGGAAGACAGGACUCUGACACUGCAGGCUUUUGAGAAGCCGGGUGUCAACAUGACAGAGCGCUUUGAUUGCCACCACUGCCAUGAGUCUCUCUUUGGGAAGAAGUACAUCCUKCGGGAGGAGAACCCCCACUGUGUGGCCUGCUUUGAGGCGCUCUACGCCAACACGUGUGAAGAGUGCGGGAAGCCCAUCGGCUGCGACUGCAAGGACUUGUCCUACAAGGACCGCCACUGGCACGAGGCCUGUUUCCACUGCUUCCAGUGCAAGAGCUCACUGGUGGACAAGCCCUUCGCGGCCAAGGAGGACCAGCUGCUCUGCACAGACUGCUACUCCAACGAGUACUCGUCCAAGUGCCAGGAAUGCAAGAAGACCAUCAUGCCAGGUACCCGCAAGAUGGAGUACAAGGGCAGCAGCUGGCAUGAGACCUGCUUCAUCUGCCAUCGCUGCCAACAGCCCAUAGGAACCAAGAGUUUCAUCCCUAAAGACAAUCAGAAUUUCUGCGUGCCCUGUUACGAGAAGCAAUAUGCCCUGCAGUGUGUUCAGUGCAAAAAGCCCAUCACCACAGGAGGGGUCACCUACCGAGACCAGCCCUGGCACAAGGAGUGCUUCGUGUGCACUGCCUGCAAGAAGCAACUGUCGGGACAGCGCUUCACAGCCCGGGACGAGUUUGCCUAUUGCCUCACCUGUUUCUGCGACUUGUAUGCCAAGAAGUGCGCAGGGUGUACCAACCCCAUCAGUGGCCUGGGAGGCACGAAGUACAUCUCCUUUGAAGAACGGCAGUGGCAUAACGACUGCUUCAACUGUAAGAAGUGCUCCCUGUCCCUGGUGGGGCGAGGCUUCCUCACCGAGAGGGACGACAUUCUGUGCCCUGACUGUGGGAAAGACAUCUGAAGGACCCAUGGAGGCUACAGCUUGUGAUUUCA